AUGUUUUUAUUAGAUUCUAAAAGAUCCAAAUCUGAUCAUAUAUUCACACUCUUACAAUUAUUAUACUUUUUCCCAUUCCAUUCUGAAUUGAUUAUUCAUGAUUUACUUCAAGAACCAAGUGGACAUCAAGAAAUGACAAAUUGUGGAAAGUUAUUGAAAUGUUUCUAUUCAGAUACCAAAUAUAUUACUCGACUACUCUAUCGAACUGCACAUUUAUUUGAAAAGACAGAUACCAUUCUACCACAAUUGAAUCGAAAAGUAUGGAAAGCCAUGAUCAAUACGACGAGUGGAAAAGAUUUUCUUAAAAAAAAUGUCUUUUUCAAAAAUUUUGAUCCCAACGAUCCCGAAUUUAUUAGCAUGGUUGAAGAAGCCUCAACCGUAUCGGAAAAUAUUACUUCAUUAAUCUUUGAACCUAAUGUGAUUGAUCAAGUGAGAGAAUGGGAGAGUACAGAAUUCUCAGUAUUUAAUUCUAAACUCACUUCCGUUACAGAGACUAUAUUGAAAUAUGAAGACUCUGAAAAGAAGAAGGAUUUCAAUUUCAAGAAACAACUUAAAAAUGAACAAGUCCAAUUGGAAUUGAAUAAGGUCAAAUUUUUGAAACCUCAUAUUUUGAAAUUGAAGAGUAUUAUGGAUACAGAUUUACAGGCUAGAAAACAAUGGAAAAUGCUCAUCAAAUGUAUCUAUGAAGAUGUGAGUGCAUUCAAUGUCUAUAUUCAUACCAUGAAUGCUUAUUGUGAUCGAACCAUUAAGACUCGUUCUACUAUUACUACCACACGUUCUCAUGUUACUAAAGAGAAUGAUUAUCAUCGACUACCAUUUAUACCCUAUGAUGCAGAGACUUAUGAAAAUGUCGAUUAUAAAUUAGAUUCCAUUUCUGGACCAAAUCGAAGACUUCAAAUCGAAGGUGGUGGUCAAAGUGGUCAAGGUGGUCCAGUUUAUCAGAGUCGAGGUGGUCAUGGUGGUCAAAGUGGUGUUGUUGUUGUUGUUCAUGGUCAUCAUGAUAGUGACAACACUUCUUUGAAAGAAGAAAAGGAUGACAACAAUCAUUCCAGUUACAUUCAAAAGAGAUCUGUCACCUUUGAAAUGCAAGAUGAAUCAAUGACCAUUCCCAAUAAUGACUCGAUGGAGAAUAUUUCGGAAACCUUAGAAUCUGUCUUUGAAUCGAAUCCUCUCCAUGGUGCCUCCAAUAUUACUACUAUUAUUCCUAACAACAACAACACUAUUGCUACGAUGCCUUGUUCUUCUUCGAAUACGAAUACCACUACUACUGCUACUCUCCACUACUCGUCGACCAGCCACAACAACAACAAUAACAACAACAACACUCUUAACACUUCUCCCAACAUGACAUUGAACAAUGCUAAUAAUAGCAAUGUCGAUGACAAUGAUGAUGAAAUGACUUGCUCCUCUGAAGUGAACAGUACCACUACAACGACCAAUAAUUACUCUUAUUUAACAAUUUCAAAUAUCAUUUCUGAACCAAAGAAAUGUAAACGUAUUACUCCUCUUCGUAUUACAGAAGGUGAAUUAGUAUUGGGUGAAGAUGGAGUCUAUUUUAUUGCAACAUGUUCCUAUCCACUCACCAUUAGAACCAAUUCUACAAGUGCUUCUCAUAAAUCUCAUCAUGAAAUGAGAAAGACUUAUAACUUUUCCUAUGAAACCAUUCGAGAAAUUCACAAUCGAAGAUAUUUAUUGAAAAAUAAUGCAGUGGAAUUCUUUUUAGUGAAUGGUAAAUCAUUCUUCUUUGCAUUUGAAGAUGGAGAAUCACGUGAUAAGAUACUUUCAUUACUCACCUCACCAUCCUCUCGAUUCAGUUACAUUAACUUGACACCCAAUUUGAACUUGCCAAAUUUAGUCAAUUAUGAAGAAGAAGUGAAUGGUAAAUUAAUAUUUAAAAAAUCCAUUACACAAAAAUGGGUGGAAGGAACGAUUAGUAAUUUUGAAUAUUUAAUGCAUUUGAACAUUCUAGCAGGAAGAUCCUUUAACGAUCUCACUCAAUAUCCUGUAUUUCCAUUUAUAUUAAGAGAUUACGAUAGUGAUGAAUUGGAUUUAUCCGAUCCAAACACAUUCCGUGAUUUACGUAAACCCAUGGGUGCUCUCAAUGAGAAACGUCUUGAAAAAAUUAUUGAGCAAUAUGAAGCGACCAAAGAAAUUGAAGAUCAACCCUAUCAUUAUGGUUCACAUUAUUCAACACCCAUUGCAGUUUCUUAUUAUUUAGUGAGAAUGGAACCAUUCACAAGAGUAUUCUUUGAAUUUAAUGAUGGUAAAUUAGAUUUAGCAGAUCGUACCUUCCAUUCCAUUAAAAAGUCAUGGGAGUUAUCGAGUGGUGAAACACAAUCCAAAUCUGAUUUUAAAGAACUCAUUCCAGAAUUCUUUUAUUUACCUGAAUUUUUACAAAAUAGAAAUCGAAUUGAUUUUGGAGUGUUACAGAAUGAUAUGAGAUUUGAUGAUGUUGAAUUACCAAAAUGGGCAAAAGGAGAUCCAGUACUUUUUAUUAGAAAACAUCGACAAGCUCUCGAAUCUGAUUAUGUCUCUCGUAAUUUACAUCAUUGGAUUGAUUUAAUCUUUGGAUAUAAACAACGUGGUGAAGCAGCUGUCAAUGCAUACAAUGUCUUUCACUACAUGACCUAUGAAGGAUCAUUGGCAGAUGAAGUCGAUUUAAUUGAUGAUCCCAUCACACGUGAAGCUCGAUGGACACAAAUAUGUACCUAUGGACAAACACCAAAACAAUUGUUUAAAAAACCUCAUCCUGAACGAUAUGCUACCACUAAUCUGAUGGGUGGAGAACAAGAUACAAUUAAUGUCAUUCCAGUGACAAAUUAUAUUUUUAAAGUGGCCAAUGAAUUAUGUCCAGGAAAUAUUAGAAUAUUUAAAGAAGCUGUUCAAGAUUUGUACAUUCGAAAUGAUCAAACGACAUAUAGUGGAAGUGUCAUUGCAGUUGGAAAACAUCAAAUUUUCAUUCCACCCAGUGGACAAGUGAAUAUGCAAAGAAGUAAGAACUCUCCAGUCUAUCUCUCAUUCCUUCAUUGGGAUAAGACACUUCGAAUUUGUAAAUGGGAUACUGGAAAACCACUUCAUGUCUAUCAUUUUAUGAAUCAACCUGAAAUUUACAAAUGUGCUCGUUUCUCAAACAGUGGUGAUGUUUUAGUGGUUGGAACAAGUAUUGGAGCAUUGCAUGUCUUUCGUGUGAAUACUCGUGUCAAGAUUCAUAACAAUAAGAAUACACCAGAUACAACCAAUGUGAACACAGAUAAGGAUAACAAGUUUUUAGAUCAUGCUGCCACAUUGAGUGGACAUUCUGAUUCAGUUCUAUGUGUUUGUAUUUCUACAGAAUUUUCAAUGAUUGUGAGCGGAUCGAGAGAUUGUUGUCUAAUGAUUUGGGAUUUGAAUCGAUUCAGAUUUGUGAAAGCGAUCAAACAUGAUGGUAAAGUGAGUGUCAUUGCCGUUUCACCUACCACUGGAGAUAUUGCUAGUUUUUGUCAAAAUUCUGUGAAUGGUCAAAAUCACUUGUAUUUGUGGACUGUGAAUGGAGAUUUGAUUUCCUAUUCCAAUAUUAGAGCUAAAAUUACAUGCAUGAAAUUUACAUGGAUGGAUGAAGGAAUUAAUCAAAAUGUACUGGUGUGUGGAUUGGCCAAUGGAACCAUUGCCAUUUUAGAUGCUCUUUCAUUGCGAGUGAUUUCAAAAUUGAAGAUUACCGAUUACACAGCACCUAUUCGAUGUAUUGACAUUAAUCCUGCCAUGACUGAAAUUGUUGCUGGUGACGAUCGGGGAUUUGUUGUGAGCUGGCAUAAGAAGAAUUGA